UAGGGGCGGGCCCUACGGGUAGACAAAUUUGCGCGGGUUUGGCGUAGUCAUGGCGGCUUUCCGUGAUAUUGAGGAAGUGAGCCAGGGGCUGCUGAGUCUGCUGGGCACCAACCAUGCCCAGGCGCAGCAGCGACGGCUCCUGGGGCGCCACGAGCAGAUCCUGGAGCGGCUGCUGGAGAUGCAGGAUGACGCCGAGCAGCGGCUGCGAGAGACGCUGGCUGUGGAGGAGAAGGUGGCCCAGAGCCUCCUGGACACCAAGGAGUGCAUGCGCCAGGGCGGGGCCAAGCUGCAGCAGCUGGAAGCCGAGCUCCAGAAGGCGGGUGAGGAGGAUGCCAUCCUCCGGGCCCGGCUGCGCCAGCUCAGCCAGGAGCUGCAGGAGCUCAGGGAGCUGGAGGCUGAACUGGACAGACAGGAGAGAGAGGUGGACGAGGACACCACAGUCACCAUCCCCGCUGCUGUGUACGUGGCCCAGCUCUAUCGUCGGAUUAGUAAAAUAGAGUGGGAUUAUGAGUGCGAGCCCGGGGCGAUCCGCGGCAUCCAUCACGGCCCCAGUGUGGCCCAGCCCGUCCACCUGGACAGCGCCCAGCUCUCCAAGCAGUUCGUCAGCGACUACCUCUGGAGCCUGCUGGAUACCGCGUGGUAGCUGGGAGCUUCAGGGGCCGUCCUCAUGUCCGGGUCGUGGGGUCAGGUUAAGGGUAGACGUUUGUGCCAGUUUUGGUGGUGCACACCUGUCAUCCUAGCAGUCAGGAGGCUGAGGCAGGAGGAUCACCUCAAGUUCGAGGCCAGCCUGGGCUACGUAGCGAGACCCUGUCUCAAAAGGCAAAAAAAAGAUACUAAUAAAUGUUUGUGCAUAAAUGGGCCUCUUAGUGUCUUUUCCUCCCUGCUUUGGCUUCAGAUCCUGGACUGACUGUAGGGAGCUGUAGAGGACUGAUGUGACCACGCUGAGUGCUCUUCCACAUCCGUGACCUUGCCUCACAAAUGACUCUAAAGUGCUGGCUGUGUUGGCCCAGGCCUGUGAUCCCAACACUGGGGAGGCU